UUACAAUCGGUCACUGUAAAAUUUCCCUCCUCAAAAACAAAAAAACCACGUUUUGUUCUCCCUCUGUAUUUUCUUCCCCCCUCUCUCUCCGAUCUGUGAAACUACUUCGCCGGUCCAGUCCAGCGGGCCGAACGGCAAUCGUCGACCGGCUCGAUUUUGCUCCGCUACCUGUGACUAAUGGAGGAUGGGGUGCUUGAUGGUUGUAAAGAAGACAAGGAGGAGUUGUUAAAAGAGCGCACACCGCGUAUUGGUAUGGAGUUUGAGUCAGAGGAGGAUGCAUUUCAAUUCUAUGACGAAUAUGGAAGGAUUAUGGGAUUUAGUAUUAGAAGAGAUUACCAUACGAAAAGCAAGAAGGAUGGUCUCAUGAUUAAUAGAAAGUUUGUUUGUCAUAAGGAAGGGCAAAAGGAAAAGGAUAAGCGGUGCCACACAGUCAUACAACCUAGGCGAGAAACGAGAACCAUGUGUGGUGCAAAUUUGUACAUAUCAUUUAACCGGGAUUCGACAAAAUGGGAGGUGAAGAAGUUUGAUGAUGCCCACAAUCACCUAUUGCAUCCUGAAUGUGCUUGUUUGAUGUCAACUCAAAGUAACUUGUGUGAAAGUCAAGGUAUGAGUAUUGAAAUAGCUGACAAAUAUGUUUUAGGCCGGAACAGGUUAGAUGCAAAGGGUUCUUCAUCAGAGGAAUGCAAUGUCAUAAAGGACAAGGAUGAUGGCUGUAAAGAAUACAAGGAAGAGUUGUUAAAAGAGCACACACCACGUAUUGGUAUGGAGUUUGAGUCAGAGGAGGAUGCAUUUCAGUUCUAUGACGAAUAUGGAAGGAUUAUGGGAUUUAGUAUCAGAAGAGAUUACCAUACGAAAAGCAAGAAGGAUGGUCACAUGACUAAUAGAAAGUUUGUUUGUCAUAAGGAAGGGCAAAAGGAAAAGGAUAAGCGGAGCCACACAGUCAUACAACGUAGGCGAGAAACGAGAACCAUGUGUGGUGCAAAUUUGUACAUAUCAUUUAACCGGGAUUCGACAAAAUGGGAGGUGAAGAAGUUUGAUGAUGCCCACAAUCACCUAUUGCAUCCUGAAUGUGCUUAUUCGAUGUCAACUCAAAGUAACUUGUGUGAAAGUCAAGAUACGAGUAUUGAAAUAGCUGACAAAUAUGUUUUAGGCCAGAACAGGUUAGAUGCAAAGGGUUCCUCAUCGGAGGAGUGCAAUGUCAUACAGGAUAAGGAUGAUCCUAAGUUGGUGAUAGCCACGCGUUUCAUGAAUCUUUGUCCUAGAAUGAUAAAUUUAGCAACCCGGUCCUCCGAAUAUGAUGCAACAUACAAGCUCGUGGAUGAAACUAUUAGAGAUCUGUGCACGAAAGUGGAUAAUAUGAUCAUUGCUUUUAGUGCUUCAAGUAGUGGAGAUCACAUUGACAUGGAAUUAGAUGUGGUUGAUCCUAAUUUACAACGAGCUAAGGGUCGUGCUAGACAAAAGUCUUGGCACGAGAGGGUAGCAAAGAGGAAAAAAGUUGCUUCACGAUCUCCCCCUAGUCAGGGAAUAGCAAUUGAUCAGCUGGGCACACUUUCAUGAAUCAAGCAUGUCACAAUGUAAUCCGGUGGAAUCAUUCUUCGAUAAUGAUUUAACAAGCAACUGUUCGCUCAAAAUUAGAUGUAUUGUCGGGGGACGUUUAUUAUCAUGGAACUGGUCCGUGUUUUGGGGGCUACACGGGAUUUAUUUUCCUCGAGGAUUUAAAUUGAUUUUGUAGAUGUUUGUUGAACAUAUUUUGAACGGAUAGAUGUAAUUGGCCAUGGCUUAUGUGAUUUGCAAUUUGCAAUGAAUAUGGAGAGAAGAAGUCUAUUUGUAGUUUGUUCCAAA